GAAAGAGGGAGAGAGAAAGGGCUGUUUUGGGGGUCCUAGGGGUCCUUUUCCCCUUUCCCUCAUUUCUUUGCCAUGCUCAGCCUCUGUUUUGGAGUCCUGCGAGCCAGCAAAGGGGGAGAGGGCGCGUGGGAAGCUGUGACCCCCCCCCCCAUUUCCCAUUUCCUCUCGCUCCCCUCCUUGGUCCCAGCCGUGGUUUGGUCCCCGCGUGGAGGAAACAGCGGGAGAGGAAAUGCUUGGCCGAGCCAAAGCUGGGAGCAAACUCGGUGCAAGUUUGCGGGGAAGUCUUUGGGGACGGAGGAGGAGGAGUAGUGACUCCGGCGUGGGGAUGGAAGGGCAGCCGGGCGGCGGGCAGGGCAGCAUCCACUCGGCCAACGUGGGCGCCGUCCACCAGGUGCCUCUGCGGGUCAUCCUCCGGCCCCUCCCGCCCSAGCUGGACCCCGAGAAGGUGGACAGCCUCAUGCGCACCAUCCAGGAGGAUCCUGACCAGGUGCCCCCGAUAGACAUCCUUUGGAUCAAAGGCCGCGAAGGGGGGGAUUAUUUCUACUCCUUUGGAGGGUGUCACCGCUAUGCUGCAUACAAGCGCCUGAACAAGGAGACCAUCCCUGCCAAAAUCAUCCACUCAACCAUCAGUGACCUGCGCACUUACUUGGGCUCCUCCUUACCUGAUCUGAAGUAGAUGGGAUGAACUUAUGGCUCACCAAUUCACCAGUAAUGACGGGAAUGCUGCUUUUGGUCCAGCUGGACUCUAUUAUGAAGCCAGUGGCUCUUCCCUUCUGCACCUUCCGUGAUGAGAAUUCAUUGGUAGAACUCCCAUUUCUUCAAAGAGAAGUUCUCCAUCUCUUUGGAGAAGAAAGCAAUAGCCACCCAACCAUUGUCCUCUGGGUUGAACUUGUCUCCAUGCAGUUGUUCUCAACCUGUUGGUCCCCAGAUGUUUUGGCCUUCAACUCCCAGAGAUCCCAACAGCUGGUAAACUGGCUGGGAUUUCUGGGAGUUGUAGGCCAAAACAACUGGAGACCCACAGGUUGAGAACCACUGUCUUCAUGGGUUAAGAUCUGACAUUGGAAAGCAGAGAAAGCUAGUAGAGACCAACAAGAUUUUAAGUGGGCCCUUGCUCUCUGUGGAGAAGCAGUUCCUCUACGACAGUGGUUCUCAACCUGUGGGUCCCCAGGUUUUUUGGCCUUCAACUCCCAGAAAUCCCAACAACUGGUAAACUGGCUGGGAUUUCUGGGAGUUAUAGGCCAAAACACCUGGAGACCCAAAGGUUGAGAACCACUAUCUUCAUGGGUUAAGAUCCGACAUUGGAAAGCAGAGAUAGCUAGCAGAGACCAACAAGAUUUUAAGAGGGCCCUUGCUCUUUGUGGAGGAGCAGUUCUUCUACAACAGUGGUUCUCAACCUGUGGGUCCCCAGAUGUUUUGCCCUUCAACUCCCAGAAAUCCCAACAGCUGGUAAAUUGGCUGGGAUUUCUGGGAGUUGUAGGACAAAAGACCUGAGGAUCCCCAGGUUGAGAAUUGUGUAGCAUCCACCUGUUAGCCCCAGCUCCUGCCAACCUAGCAGUUCGGAAACAUACAAAUGUGAGUAGAUCAGUAGGUACCGCUCCAGCAGGAAGGUAACAGCACUCCAUGCAGUCAUGCCGACCAUGUGAUCUUGAAGGUGUCUAUGGACAACGCCGGCUCUUCGGCUUGAGCACCAACCUCCAGAGUCGGACACGACUGGACUUAAUGUCAGGGGAAAACCUUUACCUUUACCCUUAUGCUACAUUAAGAACUCUGUAGCAGAACACAUAUUGACAAUUUCACUUACUUAUGCCAGGAAAAAUUAUUUCUCUAGGUGUUUGCUUGGAUCUCCAGCACAAUUCCCUCAUACGCUUCCACUGGGCGUUAUCAUAAAGUUGUGCUGGAAAAUCCAGCAAACUCACAGAGAGCAUAUAUCGCUAGGAAUAGCUAAGUCCACCAGUGCAACUCUAAUUAAGUGCUGUAUAUUUAUUCCCUUAUGAUGUUCUUUCCUGCCUUGGGAUUCUUCACCUGCCAACUUUUAUAAAAAUAAUAAU